GUGAAUGUCUGACAGCUCCACAUAAGAUCUCUGCAACAUGAGUGGACUAAAAGUCCUGGUCGUCAUAUUCUGGAUAUUGAGAGGUGCUGCCAGUGGGACAUGGGAAAUUAAAAUGCCUAAGAAAAUAGAUGCAAUGAGUGGCUUCUGUGUUCAAAUUCCAUGUCAGUUUGAGAUCCCCAACUCAUUCAAAAAGUUCCUAAACAAAUCUGUUGAGGUAAUUUGGAAAAACACAACCAAAGAGGGGCCAGAUGUGCUUAGUUCAAAAAGAACAGGGUUGUCUCUACUAAAAGGAAAUGUGAUUGGCAACAUCUUAAACAAAAAUUGCACCACUGUGUUUCACAACUUUCCUGUUGGAUUCAGUGACAAAUUUUUCUUCAGACUUCAGGGUCCUGAAACUCUCAAGUACACAUUUGAGCAAGGAGUAAACAUUACAGUCCAUGAAGACGUUCCCCCACCUAUCUUGAGCACCUAUGUUGAGGUUAUGGAAGUUCUAGAGGGCACAAGGUUAACACUGGCCUGUUCCACUGUGAUCUCAUGUCCUUCAAUCCAACCUCUGAUGCAGUGGAACCCACAGCUAGGAGAACAGCUCACACCAGCCCUACAGAUGGAUGAAUUUGGACAGACACUGUUGGUCUCCUCUCAGACGUUCAAUGCGACUCCUCUACACGACCGCCUGAAAGUCUCCUGCUCUCUUUUUUACUCCCAGGACCCCAAAAGACCAGCUGAAACCAGCGUUACCCUUAGAGUGUUGUAUGCUCCCAAAAACACCAUAGCCCUGGUCAGUCCAUCGGGUCCGCUGUCUGAAGGCAGUGUGGUGAUGCUGAGCUGUCAUAGUGAUGCCAACCCUGCAGUCCAGCGCUAUGAGUGGUACAAAGACAGUGGAUCUGGAAAGCUAGAGUUACAGAAUCAAGGACAGACUCUAACAAUGAUAGCCAGAAGUACCGUUCAGGGUCUGUAUGUCUGCAAGGUCUACAACACUCACGGGACUGACCAAUCAAGGCCUGUCGCUGUGGACAUAAACGGUUGCUCCAUUGCACCGUACAUUAUAUGUGGACUUCUGACGCUUUUCUUAAUUCUCAUUACUGCAGUGGAUUUGGUCAAAUACAAAAGCCUGUUAAAAAGAUUUCAAGCAUCUGAAGGUUUGCAUGGGCCCAUGACCUACACCACCCUCCACAGGACCAGUGACUCAGUGUAUAAUGUAAUACCGUCAAGGGCUAGCAGAAGUGAAGACGACUAUGAAAACAGAAACUUUGGUAAACCUCAGCCCAAGUAGGAGUUUUGGCCUAGAAGUAACCUAUAUACAAAAUACUGUGGUGCUCAGGUUAAAGAUGCAGGUUCCAAUCUGUCCUGAAGCCUGCAUGUCUUAAGUUACCCUUUUUUCCCUCACGUCGCUACUUUUUAAUGAAAUUACAAAAGUCCAAAUAAUUAAUCAAAUCAAAAUGACAGAACUCGUAUCUGAAUUGUGAGGUCAGUAAGAUUAAUACUUUUAUUCAGCAAGGGUACAUUACAUUGAUCAAAAGUGACAAAAACAUUUAUAAUGAUACAAAAGAUUUCUAUUUCAAAUCAAUUGUGUCCUUUAAAAAAAAAAAACUGUUUUCAACGUUAAUAAUAAUAAAUGUUACUUGAGCACCAAAUCAGCAUAUUAGAAAAUUCAGCUUUUGUCAUCACAGGAAUAAUAAUUGAUUAUUUAAUAAUAUUAUAUAGUAAUAAUAUUUCACAAUAUUUUUGUACUGUAAUUUUGAUCAAAAACAUAAAAUAUCUUACAGACCCCUAAAUGUUUUAACAAGAGUAUAUAAUAUCCACGCAAGCUUUUCAUCUACAUGUUAAAAAAUAUCAUGUUAAAUCAUAGAAAUAGAAAAAAAUAUUAUAUCCUGGCAGACAGGAAGGGUUGUAACACUUUUCAACACAUUUGCCACAAUUGCAUGCAUGCACACGCACACAGUUGCAGACAUUGAAAGUGGGUUACAAAAUUCCCUGGGUUAGUACAUAAGCAUCUAUCUUCAUCUUUCACCACCACAAUAUUAAGUCCCUUGUGUUUGUGUAUCAUGUAUGCUUGUGUAUUUUACGUGGGUUGAAGAUUUGUGACGUCUACUCAUAAAUACUUUGGAAAAUAAAUGAGAUAAAGACUUUUC